CGCCCGUCCGGCCCGUCAUUCGCGCGGUACCUUCCACACAGCGCCCGCGUACCACCGCGCCGCCCGAAAGCGCGCCGUCACAAACAAACUUACAUGUUCACUUUUCGCCGUUCCAAACCAGUUCCAUUCAAACAAUCCUAUUAAAACAACAGAUCUAUCACAACCUCCACCAAUAAAACCCCCGCAACGAGUUGGGCUUUAACCACGGAGGUGUUGUAACUUCGAAAAACUUUACAAAGUUUGUUUUUAAACUGUACGUGUGCAUGUGUGAGCUUAAAGUCAUGGCUGGACGAAGUCCCCACUAAACCGAUCUCGGGGUCAGUGGAGAUUAUUGAUUCCAAAUGUUUAGACGAGGGUACAAGGCUCGGUGCGUGCGCGCUCUGCGAUUGAGGUCCUGGAAGAGAGUUCCCAUGAAGCUGCUCAAGUGGGGCAGGAAGAUGCCAUCGACCAAGCAGUACAACCUGGUACCCAACGACGAGUAUGACACUAGGAUACCCCUACACCCCGAUGAGGCGUUCCAUUACGGAAUCACUUUCCAAGCCAAGUACAUCGGGACAAUGGACGUGCCCAGGCCGACUAGCCGCGUCGAGAUCGUCGCGGCUAUGCGUCGUGUUCGA